CAGCUAGACGGUGACGUCACGCGGAGGAAUGAUCAACGAAGCGUGACGUCAGGCGGCGUCGCGGCGCGCGGCAGUGACGUCACGCGGAGGCGGCAGCAUGGCGGGCAGCGGGCGCCGGCCCGAGCACCGCGGGCCGCCCGAGCUGUUCUACGACGAGGCCGAGGCGCGCAAGUACACGCAGAACUCUCGGGUAGUGGAGAUCCAGUCGCAGAUGUCGGAGCGCGCCGUGGAGCUGCUGGGGCUGCCCGAGGACCGGCCGUGCCUCCUGCUGGACGUGGGCUGCGGGUCAGGGCUGAGCGGGGAUUACAUCUCUGAGGAGGGGCACUACUGGAUUGGCAUGGACAUCAGCCCUGCCAUGCUGGAUGUGGCUGUGGAGAGGGAGGUGGAAGGAGACCUGCUCCUGGCAGACGUGGGUCAUGGCAUUCCCUUCAGGCCUGGCAUGUUUGACGGCUGUAUCAGUAUUUCCGCAGUGCAGUGGCUCUGUAACGCUGACAAGAAAUCACACAGCCCCCCCAAACGCCUCUACAGAUUCUUCUCCACUCUUUACACUGCCCUGGCCCGAGGAUCCCGAGCUGUGCUGCAGCUGUACCCUGAGAACUCAGAGCAGCUGGAGCUCAUCACAGCCCAAGCCAUGAGAGCUGGAUUUACUGGGGGAAUGGUGGUCGAUUACCCCAACAGUGCCAAAGCCAAGAAGUUCUUCCUUUGUCUCUUUGUUGGCACAUCUGGCACGUUACCAAAGGGCCUUGGUACAGAGUGUGCUGAUGAAGAGCUGCACCAGGCAAAGUUCACCAACGAGAGGACACGGUUCAAAAACAUCAAGGGCAAGUCUGUGAAGAAAAGCCGGGACUGGAUCCUGGAGAAGAAGGAGCGUAGACGACGGCAGGGCAAGGAGGUGCGAGCAGACACGAAAUACACGGGUCGGAAGCGCCGCCCUCGCUUCUGAAUUGCUCUGGACGCCGCUGCUGUGGAAGGUGGCAUGUGGGUGCCUCCAGUGAGCCUCCUGUGGAUGGCACAGGUGGGCACCCCACGCCUGGGACUUGCUGGGACAGGUCAUUGUGGCUCUUGAUGGUGUAAACUUGCUCAGGUGCUGCCCAACAGCCAACUGCAAAGCUUCCAGCCCUUCUUGCCUGCUGAAGGUGGGAGUGGCAGACAGUGCUCUGGCCACUUGGUGUCUGCAAUGCUGUCACUUACCUUCCUGAGUGCAGCAAGCCAGCUGAGCUCCAGGUCAGCCAGGACAUGAUAUCCAGCCUCCUCACUAAAGAGUCAACGAGUUGGAGGUG